UGCGGCGUCUUUCACCACCGAAGAUCUUGUUCUCGCCGCGGAGCGCUCUUGCCAACCACUGCGACACUAGUGCACGGGAAUCAUGUCUACGCGAGGCGUUGGCCGUGGCAAGAAGCAGGAGAACGUCCCUGCUGACACCCAGGGGUGGGCAAGGGGUCGGCGGCAUGUCCCCAAGCCGAAGAGGCUCUGUUCAGAAGAGCCAUCACCAAGCGCGCCUGUCCGGCGAGGGCGGUAUUGGGCGGCAUCGAACGAAGACGAAGAUGACGACAUGUUCACGACAGAGGAGGAAGUAGCAGAUGACACCGUGGCGGCACCCCGGGGCAGCUGUCUUCAAGCGAAGAAUGAUCAGGCCGCGUCGAGGAGAUUGCUCACGCCCCCCCCAGAGGGGCAACAAGGUUGUCGGCAAAGCAACACAAUAGCUAAGGAGGUUGUCGUCGACGUCGGCGACGAGGACCAUGAGCCAUUGGAAAGCCGCAGGCAGCGAAAUGCAAUGCAAGGCGAGGGGUCCUUGGGCAAUGUCGCUGUCGUGGCGGGGGCGAGAGAGGAGGUUCCUGUUGUGGAGCGGGAGGUUGCGCGCGGCGAGAAUAAGGGCGAAAGAGAGGACGACGACCCCCUUUUAAGCCGGGAGCGGAGGGGAGGGUUGGCGAGAGAUCUUGCCGACCGUGCCCGCCUGUGGGUCGACAACAAACCGUUCUGGACAACGGCGGAGGGGCGCCGGCUCUACGACAUCGUCCACCGAACGCGGGAGCACUUCGAGGCCAUCAACAGCAGGGUGCAAGCGCCCGUCGUGUCCAGGAGCGUCGUUAUGCCAAAAUCCGCGACGACCCUCACGAGGAUUGCUGAUCCCGCUCAACUACAGCAAGCGAUCAUCCGCGGGGGGGCUGCAGAGAACAUAGUUUUGCGCGUCUUGCAUGGGUGGGUGUUCAAGUCAGGGAACUGCCCCCGCGGAUACAAUCUCGCUUUCCAGUACGCGUUGGAGUCGGCGGCGACGGACCUUGCUCGAGUUAUGUGGUACGACGAGGAGUGGAGCAACGUGGUGAGCGCGCCCGUUUGCGCGCACACGAUCGACCUCAAUAUGGACUUGCCACUGUGGUUUGCGGGGGUGAACAUCGACGACAGGCCGGCGGACGACGACAUGGCUGYGUACCAGGAGUCGACCGUCGUGUGCGUCGCGCAUGCAUUUCACGCCGCCGUGCACAUGGGUGGCAACGUCGACGGCGGGUUCAUAUCGCACGGUCGUCUGUUGAGGAUCGCGGAUUGCUUCAGGCUGUUGUUGGCUGCCUGCAUGUGGUUGAUGCGCAUGGCGGGAGACGAUCAUCGUUGCCACUACGAAGCCUUCUACUUCGCGCAGCUGGUCGCGAAGCCCACGCUGAUCGCGUCGAUACAUCGCGCCUUCGAUCAUCGGAGGUCCGUCAUCCGAGCGACGAACGUCGUCAUGGAGAGACUGGGGAAGGCGAACGCCACCUUAGGAGAGUACCCGAAGUACAUCCCCGAUUGGGCUCCCUGCGGCAUCACGUUCGGCCACGACGCGAGCAUCACGGGGCUAGAGGACGCGAAGAAGAGGGAUUGGUUGGGUUCGGGCCCCUUGGAGGAGGACGGUGACGACAAUGGCGAAAACGACGCGUAGGGGGUGGAGGGGUGGUGUUGUGCUAGAUUUCCUUGGUUUGCUUGUCGCUUGUGAUGGCACGU